UAAUUUUAAACAACCGGUCGUUAAAGUGUUCAAAGACGAAUGUUUAAAAUGUUACUCUUUGAAUUUGCGGUUUAUUUUCAAAACUGAAAUGUCCGGAACGUUGGCAACAAUUAAAAGGGGUAGCGUCCAAGUUCAAUUAGCUGCAAAGGCCGUUAACGAUCAAAUAAGUUCGCGACAAAUAAUUUGCAUAUUUAUCAUCACCGGAUUCGUUUUAUGCGGGAUCGUUGAGCAAUCUGCUUCCGUUGCUUUGAGAGCAAACAGCACAUCUUCAUAUUCACCGGAUGAAUUUGCUGAAUACGUCGAAAAUACCAGUUAUAUUACAAGAUAUUGCCAACCGGUUGAAAAUGAUACAACGAUUCAUGUUAUAAGAUCUAUUCCUCACAUUGAAAUUCCAAUGACAAGAACUGACCGUACUGAAUCAGUACUACGCGAAGCUUUUUUAUGGGGAACGUUAAUUUCGCCUUUAGCAGCUAGUAGAAUCGCCGCAAGAGUCGGUGCUGAACGAUUAUUUGGAGCUGGAGUUUUUGGAGCGAGUGUUUUGGCUGUUAUGGUUCCAGCAGCUUGGCUAACACCUUAUCACGUCGCGAUAAGAAUCGUUCAAGGAAUUUUUAUGGGUGCAACUUGGCCAGCUGCCCAUAUGUUAGCUGUAACUUGGUUCAAAUCAAAACAUCUUAGCGGUUUUGUGUCAACAUACACCGCUGUAAAUUUGGGAUAUGCAAUAGUCGGAAUUUUGGGAACUUUAUUGGUUAGAACGAUGGGAAGAGAUUGGUUGAGUUAUAUUUUGACUUUAUUAGCUUGUUUGUGGUAUUUUCUUUGGUGGAGAUUUGUCGAGGAAACUUUAAACCCAAAUAGACCAAUAAGAGAUGAGCACCGUUUAUUACCUUGGCAAAAACUUCUCUUGUCAAAACCGGCUUGGGCUUGUGGGAUAGCCGUUGUUGGAAGUCAAUGGGCUGACGCAACUUUAAUGUUAGGAGUAACCAAAUACUUGAAAUUAGUUUAUGGAUUUUCAAUAGAUUAUGAGGAUGUUUUAACAUCUCUUCCUCAUAUAGGCCAUUUCUUUGCUGCCAUCACAUUCGGAUUAUUAGUAGACCACAUCAGAUCAACCGGAAUUGUAUCCACCACAACUGCAAGGAAACUUUUUGUCUAUAUUUCUCAUUUUCUUCCUGCUGCUUUACUUUUCGUUUUGGGUUAUACAGGAUGCGACCCAGCAGCUCCUGCAGCUUUAUACACUGCUGCUUUAACUUUAACUGGAGCGACCCCCGCUGGGGCUUUUGCAAGUGCAGCGGAUAUCGCACCAAAUUUUGCAGGAACUGUAUUUGGCCUGUGUCAAACAAUAGGAGCUGCGGGGCUUUUGGCAGCUAAUUACGUCGUUUCGGAGGGAUUACACGGAUCGUUCGCUGGUUGGUGGAGAUUAGUUUUCGGGGUCUCAUCCGCUGUGCUUUUAAUAACAGCAACGUGUUUUAUGGCGAUAGGAAGCGGAAGCAUUCAGGAUUGGAACGCUCCGUGCAAUUUCGAGAUAGAAAGGGAACCGGUUGAGGAAGCCUCACGAUUAGAAUCCGUUUUAGAAUAAAAAAAUAUUAAAAAAAGUUCCCAAGAACUCGUUCUUGUUGUCACAAUUUCUUCUUGUACAUUUUUUUUUCUUUUUUGCAACCCGAAGAAGUCUUGCGAUGAGAACACUAUCAGUUCGAUCUUAUUCUUCAUUAUUUCAAAAGUUUCCCAAGAAAUUGUAUUGCGGGAAAAUGAAAGUGCUCUUUUAAUAUUAAUUGUUAAUGAAUAGUGGUGAAUGCAAAAAUGCAAGCGUUUCAUAUACAGGUGUCUCAUGUAAUUUGUUCGUUAGAAGGAACGUUUAGUUCGUAACUUUCGAUCUAAACAGGAAUAAUACAAACUUGGACCAAAAACUGUCAAAAUUCCAUAG